CCAGAAAUGAGCCACCGUUAGCUAACAGCAUGGAUACGGCUGCCUCUACCACGAAAGAAAUGUCAAACGGAUGAUAACGAACAACAACUUUUAAAUUGUAUUUACGUUGAGAAUAAAGCCCUUUGUGUUACCGGAGGACCUUUAAAUUCAGGCAUUUCUCUUUUUUCUGUUUGUUUUUGUAUCGUUCUUUGUCAGUUCGUCUAAUUUGCAGCUGUUUAUGUGGCUGGAGGCAUCCCGUGGGCAGAAACACGUGCAUUCCUCCACAGCCUGAAGGAGGGUAAAGGCGUGACGUCGCUGCCCGCAGAGAGGCCCGUACGGCGGGGCGAGAGAGGCAGGGGACGGACGCUGCUGCUGCUACUACCGCUGCGGCAGAGACAGCGAGUGCACGGAGCUACCGGCAACUUACGAGUGGAGACACGACAGCCAUAAUGCGGCACCGCCCGACUUCCCUGGAGCUGAUGUGACUACGCGAACCAGGGAGGAAGCGGCGGACGGCAGCACCACCUCUCCUCGGCGCAGACAGGCAGGCAGGUCAGUCUGUCUGUCUGGAGGUGGACAUGUCCUCGCUAAACCCGGAGGACGACCAAAAAUGGGUACCGACACAUGUUCAGGUGACGGUGCUCAAAGGCAGAGGACUGCGGGGCAAGGGCAAGAAUGGCACCAGCGAUGUAUACACUAUCAUCCAGCUGGGGAAGGAGAAAUACUCAACCUGCGUGGCGGAGAAGACAACCGAGCCGGAGUGGAGGGAGGAGUGCACGUUUGAACUGCAGCCAGGUGCCUUGGAGAGCGGCAGCGAGCUGGUCCUCACCGUCAUGCACCGGGCUCUCAUUGGGCUAGAUGUGUUCUUGGGACAGGCAGUGAUCCCUCUGGAUAUGGUGUUUACAGCGAGCAGGGGCGUGAAAAACGAGUGGUACAGACUGAAUUCAAAGACAGGGAAGAAGGAAAAGGAGCGAGGAGACAUCCAAGUCACUGUGCAGUUCACCAGAAACAAUCUAACGGCCAGUAUGUACGACCUGGUCAUGAAGGACAAGGGCGUAUCCACCUUUUUUAAACUAAAGGAGCGCAUUAAGGGCAAGAGGCGCUCCAGUGAAGAGGACUCCUCGUCGGCCAUAUUGCCCGGCGGAUAUGGCUCGCUGGUGCGCAUGCGACAGAGGUUGCCUAGUGAUGGUGGAGGAGAGGAGUACUACGAGGAUGAUGAGGGUGGAGAGGUCCGGAGGAGUAAAAUGAGAACCUUCUUCUUGAGAGGGAAGCUGCGUAAGUCCUCAGACACUCGCUCCAGCACGUCCCUGGGCUCCGAAAGCAGCGAGUCGUCCUCCAGAGGGGGCAGCCUCAGCCCCACCGCCGGCAUCAGUGUGGUGGUGUCUGAUUUGUCCAACUCCCCCAGCAACAGCAGCAACCUGACUGCAGACAACAGCCCAGAGCACACAGCAAACACGUCGCCAAAGUUGUCCUCUCCCAAAUGUGAGUUUGGGGAUGAGGCCGGUGAGAUCACCAUCGCAGUGCCUCAGCCCAAAGUGUGCGUUAACGGAAGCCAUUCUCUCAGCAUCCAGCCGCUGGACUCAGGAAAAGCAGCGCCGCUCGGCCUGGGACUGUUGAAGCCUUUGCCCCUGUCCAUGUCCCUCCAAAACCUCAGCCCGCGGGACAGAGACCUGCCCCUGGGCAUCCUGGGAGACGGGCGUCGCUGGUCCUUCGACAAACCCGAUGCAGAAGAGAAGGCGGCAAUCGCUGCAGCGCUGGAGCAGAGCGGGCCCAUGCAGGGAGACCCUGAGGAGGACAGUUUAGGCGCUGUGGAGGGAGACCGCCAGAAACAGAGCAAAGACCAGUCUCCACCUGCCCCAACAGAGGACAGGCACAAAGGCUGGUUUGGAUCCAAGGACUCGCACAACAAACCCAGCCACAGCGGGGUAGUGUCACCCACAGACCCUCACUCACCCCUUCACUCACCCCCUCUCUCGCCCCCUCUUUCCAGGGGCAGCUCUGUAGAUUCCUCUGGGUCCCUCACUAACCCCUUUAGCCCCUCACAGCCCUCACCUCCAUCCCUGUCCCGCUCCAACCCCUUCUUCACCACUCUGCACAACCCUUUCUAUAAAGACAUGCCCUGCACUAAGCCCCUGAAUGCUUCACCGCCUCCUCUGCCUCUCUCCAGCGCUCGUCCUCCUAUAACCACGCUGUUCCCAGAGGUCGACGUGAGGUCCGGCACAGAGGGCUUGAGCAUAGACUUAUCUAGAAUAGCACAUGCCGAAAAUGACGAACAAACAAAACUACACAAGAAGAUCCCCAAUCCUUUCACCUCAGAACCAGGGCUGGAUUCAGAACUGGACCAUUCCUUUGACGAGUUUGCAGCUGGCAGGCUCCAGUCUCCAGACCAUCUGACCCAUGAGUCCACAACACAGAAUAACACACCCUACAGUGAUCCUCCAUUAAACUGUAUUAAUAAAGAAACAAUGCCACUUAAGUCUGACGCUGAGAUAACCACUAAUGACUGUCUAAAAUUUCAACCUAUGCACAUUUUUACAAGUUUCGACACUAAGGACACACAUCACUUUUUCACUAAACUACUAGACACUAUCCCAGAAAACAGCAUGGAAUAUGACAAUAAACCUUCUACUGAAACUCAACAAAUAUUAAACACUGAUGCCUUUAAUGACGUUAAUGGUGAAAGUCCAGGUCAAAAGUUCAACAGCAGUUCACCUGACCCUUCAUCCUCAGGCCUUGGUAGCUCAGCAGAGGAAGACGGCCUCUCCUGCUUCUCUUCCUGUUCUGCAUCAGACAAAAUUGAGUCUUCAGAGGAAACUGAAUUACACAAUUUUGAAAGCAGCUUUGAGAAAAGAAGUACAGAUAUAACUUCAAAAACGUUUGAGUCUGAAGAGGAGUUCACAGACAAGUCAGAGGAGAUGUCUAUAGACCAACAAACUGUCAUUGAGGACUACAGCAAGGAAGCAAUCGCAAGUAGCUCACAACCAGAAAGUACACCUUCUGUUACCAAUAUAGGGACUGAAAUUGAGAAUUGUCACCCAAAUCCUGACCCAGAGCCAAAUAUAGAUGCUUCUGAAAGUGAAUUUUCUCCUAUCCCUCCAGUUUUUGUCACAACCUCCUCCCCUGGGCUGUCCUACUCACUCUCCUGUCCCUUUGAAAGCACAAAUGUGGCAGGACCAGAUCAGCUUUCCCCUGUCCCCGUGGCACUUUUCACUGAUUUUCCAAACACAAGCAGCGUAAGUCCGAGUCCUGACACCUCCCUGUUUCACACAAACGCCUCAGACAGGACCAGCUUUGCACAGAGCUUGUACGUGAGUGCAGAUUCCCAGGAAUAUCAAACUUGUCUGACACAUGCAACUUCGGGACACUCGGAAAAAUCUGCAAACUCAACAACACUUUGUCUGGAGCAAAAUAGUAUUCAAAUGGAAAAUCAUACAGCGACAGACCUGGACAACUUCUUCAAUACCAGAAAUGACAAUGAUUUGCAAUCUGCAAGACAAGAUGGAGGAGUUUUUGGUGAUUUUAAUCCAGCUUUUGAGACAAAUUUCACAGCAAUGGACAACUUCAGUUUACAAAGUCCCAAAGAGGCGGUUACGAAGGAUAUAGAUGGAAUAUUCUUUGUCAAGCAAAUUAACAUCCAGGAGACUAGUAAUACAGCUACAGGCACCGAGGACUUCUUUAAUAACAAAUAUUCAAAUGACAAAACAGUUGGGCAAAAUGGAGGAUUUGAGUCUGAUUUUAAUGCAUUUGAGUCAAGAUUUACACAACUGGAAAUCAAUUUGCAAAGUCCAAACCAGGAAGUUCCGGUGGACGCUGUAUUAUCAAAUGGUAACAAUGGGUUAUUUGGUAAUGUGAAAGGAGAAAAGUUUGAGUCUAAUUUCACAGCCACGAAAGACUUUAUUUUACAAAGCGACCCAGUCUCUACACUCAACCAAGACUUAAUUGUAGAAGACGUGUUUUCAAACAAUCCCAAUGGAGGUUUUUUUGACGAUUGGGUGGGUGCCAAGAUCGAGUCGGAUUACACAACUGGAACCUUCGAUUUACAGAGUUCGAAAGAGGAAGUACUCGAUGAUAUAAGCAGAGAUUUAUUUGAUAGUGACAUAAUCUUUGAGUCAAACGUCACAGCUGUGGAUGACUUCAGUUUCAGUCACAAACGGGAAGCCAAUGAUGUAUAUUCACAACAUCAGGACCUAGCAUUUGACAACAUGUUUGAGACAAGUUUUACACCUGUGGAUAUUUCUGGUUUACAAAGUGUUACUCUACCAAAGCAUGAGAGUCUGAAAGCAGAACACGCUACUCUGCAGCGUUCCCAAUCCGAACACUUCCUAGUCCCGGCCUUUAGCGAGCUACAACCAUCUGCAUUCGGAAGUGACCCUGAGUUAACCUCCUCUAAACCCCAACCAGACCUGCUUCUCUGCUCUCCCUUCACUCCCUCUCUAACUCCUCAGUGCAGUAGCUCCCCUCUAGCGCUCUGUCCCUCUCCUCCUGUCGCCGACGCAGCCUUGCCGGGGUCGCCCACUCAACAGCAGCGGCACGAGGCAGCCAAUCAGCUCGUCAGUCCACACCCAGUGAAGCCCCUGACCACUGCCACGGCAGGCGACGAGAAGAGGACGGAGGGCCGGUCGAUGCUUGAGAAGUUCAAGUUCAGAAGCCCAGGAAAGAGCAGCCAGAGCAGCGAGGAAAGUGACAAAAGGAAGUCUCUGACGGAGGGCGCAGGCUCCUACUACCAUCUGACGCACAGUGAACUGGUGUCUCUGCUGGUGCAGCGGGAGGCGGAGCUCCAGAAUCAGAAGGCGGAGUUUGAGCGACAGAAAAUCCUUUUGGCCAAACGAGAGACAGAGCUGAAGAAGCUGAAGCCACAGGUCAGAGAUUUGGAGGAUUACAUUGACACUCUGCUGGUGAGAAUCAUGGAGCAGAAACCCACUCUUCUGCAAGUACGCUCCAAGUUCAAGUGACCGCGGUCUGGCUUUGUUCACUAUAAAAGUUCCACAAUGGCUCUUUAGUCUUUUCACUGCUCGGCUGUCCUUUUGAUACAGUUACACAGGCACUGCGAGGUUUCCAGACAGCAUGCUCCUCUGAACAAAACACAUGGUCGAGCGGUCUGAAGGUCACGUGAAGGUCGUGUGAAGAAUGCCGCAGGUCCUCAGGUCGAAUUCAGGUCGGUUUUGGGCUCUCACCGAGGGGCUUCAAGACCCAGACGCUUUCAUUUAGGACUCUGAUUGUAGAAAUGAUCCUCUCAUCUUCACCACUUUGAUCACAGAACAUGGGAAGUCUCAAUCCAAAACACCCCCACUAUAUGAAAGGCAUUGUCACUCCUCAUUUAGUUAUGUGUCAGUGCCCCAGUGACAAUCAGUAAUGUUUUUUUUUUAUUAUUAUUUUCAAAUAAAUAGCCCUUUUUACAAAUUUUUAAUAAAUGCGUUUGCCAAAUAUGUUGUUUAAUCUUACAUAUAAAUUAUGCAAAUACUUUUAGCCAUUUAGUUCUAGUGCACUUUAGUUUCUCGGUUUUAUAUUUACAGUAUUCCUCAUCAAAUGAGUCUGUGCAUUUAAAGAUGGUUCUAAAAGCAACAGAACAAUUUAAUAUAUAAAACAGAGGCUCCUAAUCCUAACACCUGCCCCAUAGUGCCAUAUGUCAGUUACAUUCCUUACCUCCUGAGCUUAGACUUCUAUAGAAACUAAAUAGUGAGCCCAAUUUGAAUUCACAAACUUAUAAACUUACAGACUUAAAAACAAAAAUAAUAAUAGCCUACAUCUGAACUUUAUGUUUGAAUGAAGUGAAAAAUGAAGAAGUCUAUUUCAAUUCAUUCUAAAAGACUAAAAGGCAUUUCUGAGGGAUUAUUAUUACAGUUAUUAUUUAAUUAACACAUUAAUUUUGUAGUAGUUUUGAGUAAAUACAUUUUUGUUGUUGUAAAUUUUGCAGAAAACAUCACCGCCAAGGCUAACUCAUUUUUACAUACAUUUUUUUGUUUAGUUUUACACUGUUUUACAAAUUAAGUCAAGAUAAAGCUAGAAACAGCUUUACCUUGCUUUUUUUCUCUGCAUCAUAUAUACUGGAUGUUUUGGACUGACACUGAACCAUCUCUUUUAAUCAAAUACCAAGUGCUUUGACUCGUUUUUGGUGGAUGGACAAACCGAAUUGUUCAACCGCAUCACUGGGACCUGAUUGUAGCGCCUUCAAAAGUGUCUUCUACAGUGAAAAGGCAGUUUCUCCUGUUCAUUUCUUAUUCAUUCCUUUAUUUUCCUGCACUGAUGUGUCUACCUACAGUUCAGAGUGUUUUUAUCUGGUGUUUUUAUCAGUAUCACAAGCAGUACGGAUGGGAUGAGGCACAAUUUUCACAAGACUAGACGAGAUUUGGUCCAUGAGAAUGAGACGAGAUGAGAUUUUAACAAUAUAUAAAUUUAGCAUUUCAGUUUCCAUGUUUGGCCUUACAUAAAAAAAAAGACUCCAUAAUUUUGUUUCCAUUCUAGUCCUGCUUUUUUUGUACAGUCCAAAUGUAAACAUUUUUCUCAUUUGUGCAUAGUCUUGGGUCAAUUUGGUCUCGUGAGAUCUUGUACUAUGAGAUCUUGUACCAUCCCUAGCAAGCAACCAUCACAUGUUUUCCAAUGCCAUGCUUUGCGCACACUUAUGAUCAACUUAUCAACUUCCCACUCUGUUCCCUAAAUUAAUAGCAUAUACACCAAAUGCUGCCUUAUUUCUGCUUAGCCAAGUCAUUUUACCAUUAAAAGAAAAGGGCAUUUGCUCAUUUAUUAUUAUUCUUUCAACAUUGUAUUAAAACACUGCACAAAAUUAUGCAUAACAGUAGACGAUGAGCAGAUGUUACUGUGAAAUGCCAAAUAUAGUCUUAAAACUUAAUCUUGGGAGCAGAGUGAGUAACCAUAAAAGUAUACAGAUUACUAAACCACAUUUAACAGCAUUUGUGGAUACCUGUACCUUUGUCAGUAUCAGUAAAGUUAGAUUAUCACAGAAUACUACUGCACUUAUGACUUGCUCUGGGCUUCCACAAUUAACAUUGAGCCACUGAGCAUAGAGUGUCCUCCAUCUUGGUUUUACCCUAGACCAGUUGUAGAGGCGUGUUUUAAUGUGGCACUUAUAGAAUAAAGUUUGUCUCCAUGUCUUCCAUUUUAAAGCAGUUUUAAGUUAAAGUUUGAUUGUAUUUGUCCUGACUGAGUAACUGUUCGAAUGUGCUCAAAGGUAGCGUGUAAGACUGGAAAGUUUACAAACGUGAUGCAAUUCUGUUUCACAAAUUUUGUAUAUUUAAUAAAGAAUAUUUUGUGUUUCUUGCUCACCGUA